UACCCCCCUCCCUCCCGUUUUUCCACGACAUUCCCUUUACUAUCGUCAUCAAAGUCCACAACCAGAGCAGAGUAGAGCACUCUGCGAACUCACUCCAUUUUCCUAAGAAUGGCAAAGCACUCCGCGGCCACAACCACGUCGUUCCCCCAGAUCAAACCUGAGGACUACACUCAUAGCCCUGUCCACUACGCCGUCGCAGUCGGUGAUCACACCACCCUGUCUCGUCUCGUUUCCACCCUCCCUAAACUCGCCGACCCUGCUCAGAUCCACUCCGAGUCAGACUCUCUCUCUCAGGAACGACUCAGCGACCAGAUAUCCGCCUUGCUCGACCGCCGUGACGUGCCCUUCCGUGAGACCCCUCUCCACCUCGCCGUGCGCCUAAACGACGCCGUUUCCGCUCGCGCUCUCGCCCUUGCCGGUGCUGAUGUGUCCCUCCAGAACUCUGCGGGAUGGAACCCCCUCCAGGAGGCUCUCGUUCGCCGUUGCUCCGAAAUUUCUCUCAUCCUCCUCCGCCAGCACCACCGCUCAGCCUGGGCCAAGUGGCGUCGACGCUUGCCGCGUGUCAUCGCCGUGCUCCGCAGAAUGCGAGACUUUUACAUGGAGAUCUCCUUCCACUUCGAGAGUUCCGUCAUUCCCUUCGUCGGUAAAAUUGCUCCAUCCGACACUUAUAAAAUCUGGAAGCGCGACGGUAACCUACGUGCCGACACGUCCUUGGCCGGUUUCGAUGGCUUGAAGAUACAGCGCGCCGAUCAGAGCUUUCUCUUCCUCGGAGAUGGCGAUCAGAGCCACGACAUUCCCUCUGGCGCUCUCUUGGUUCUCAAUCGCGACGAUCGCAAAAUCUUCGACGCCUUCGAGAACGCUGGAGCUCCGAUGAGCGAGUCCGACAUUGCUGGCUUCUGCUCCCAGACAAGCGUGUACCGACCCGGUAUGGACGUCACCAAAGCCGAACUCGUAGGAAGGACCAACUGGAGGCGUCAGGAGAAAACGGAGAAUGUGGGAGAGUGGAAAGCCAAGGUCUACGAGAUUCACAAUGUGGUCUUCAGCUUCCGGUCACGUAAAGUCGCCGGUGGAGACUCUGACGUGGCAGGAAGUGAGCAGGUCCUUCCUCUAGAACUUGACGAGGACGACGACGGUUUUUUGGUGGCUGAGAAUCCGAAUUUUGGAUUUGCCCCUGAUCAGCGGAGACACAGUAGCUUUGUUAGAGAGGAGAGGGAAUGGGUGAUGAUGCCGAGGAAGAGCGUUGAUGUUCCUCCCUCGGCGCCGCUGGUGUCAAGGAGAGCUGCUUCGGCUGUGUCUGCGCCGCAGACUAAGGAGAAGGAGUACGUUCGGAGCUUGCGGCCGUCGGUCUGGUUAACUGAGCAAUUCCCGUUGAAAACGGAGGAGUUGUUGCCGUUACUAGACAUUUUGGCGAACAAAGUGAAAGCCGUGAGGAGGUUGAGAGAGUUGCUCACGACCAAGUUUCCUCCGGGAACGUUCCCGGUUAAGGUGGCAAUUCCGGUAGUUCCUACAGUUAGAGUGGUGAUAACGUUCACAAAGUUCGUGGAGCUCCAACCAACCGAACAAUUCUACACGCCGUUCUCAAGUCCCAGACACUUGUUUCAUGGAGGACGAGGAGGCCACUCGGAAGACGAUCAUAAAUCAGAUACCCACACCCCUUCAUUACCGUCGUCGUCGUCGUCGUCGUCUUCGACGUGGUUGCGGCGAAACAAUAGCCACUCGGUAUCGGCAAGCAAGCAACAGCAGCAACAACAGAAAAGUUCAGCGGCGGGGGCGCAUGAGUCGGAUCCUUUUGCCAUACCUAGUGGAUACACGUGGACUAGCGUGGACGAUAAAUCACGCAAAAUGAAGAAAUCCAAGUCCACGAGGAAAUCCAAGUAAUUGCAUCCUCCUGAAAAAUGGAGAGAAAUGGUAACCAAAAAGAUAGAUGGAGAGAAAAAAGAAAGGACAAAACCCAAAUCAUUAGAAGAAAAUGGUUUUACAAUUUACAUGCAUGGGGUUGGCAUGUUUGGUUAGUUGGUGAAUUUGAGUCGUGACUUGAUUUUUAACCAUCCCAUUUUAAUUAGGAGUUGUGCUAUGUUUAUAGAAAGAUUCGGCAACAUUACUUUUGAACCAAUUAGAAGUUUUCAUCGAAAGAUCAGAUGCUCCCAAUUUUGCUUA